UCUCAACUCUUCGCAUACAACAUGGCUACAGAACAAGAGAUCUGUGAUCAAAUUACGCAGCAGCUCUCGCAAACUCCCUUUGCAUGCACUUCGCUCACGCGCUUAUCUGGCGGAACGGCCAAUUUCGUGUACCGAGGCACUGUCUCGCCUACCGAGUCCAUCAUUAUUAAGCACACCAGAGAUCAUUUGGCUUCGAAUCCAGAUUUCAAGAUUGUUGUUGACCGAUGCUACUUUGAAGAAGCCAUCCUGCAGGCCCUUCAUGACCUGCCACCCUACUCCAAAGUUAACGUCACUGUCAAAACGCCCCGGCUGUUCAGCUUUGAUAAAGAGACCAAUACGCAGAUUCUCGAGGAUCUUCCCAACUCGGUCGAUCUGAAGAACUUCCUCAAUUCUGGCAUUUCUGAUAACACCACAGAUUCCACGGCACGAACACUAGGUUGUGCGAUAGGAUCAUGGCUUCAAUCAUUUCACUCUUGGGGAAAUGAGAGUGCCCAGCUGGAGACCAAGUCAACAGUCGCUGGAAAUACAGCCAUGAGAGACUUGAAGUUCUACAUCAACUACACUAUGCUCAUUGACACUAUUCCCAAUUUCCCAGAGAUCUUGGAACAGAGUCGUGAGAUCUUUGGGAAAGUUCAUGAUAUGGCGGCUGAUGAGUUGAAAAAGGUGGAUGACAGUGAUGACUAUGGCAUCAUUCAUGGCGAUUUCUGGACUGGAAAUAUCCUCCUGCCCAAAAUCCCUCUCACUGAACAAAUCAACACGAAAGUCUUCGUCGUUGAUUGGGAGUCAGUGCACGUCGGAAGACGAGCCUUGGAUCUGGCACAGAUGAUUGCCGAGCUCUAUGAAACUAAGCUCUUCAAGAAUGUCGAUGCAGGUGUGUGGGUUAUCGAAGGGUUCCUGGAUGGAUAUGGCUCUCUCAGUGAUGAUACGGCAUUCCGGACUGCCAUCCACGUCGGUGUGCAUCUUGUCUGUUGGGGCAGCAGGGUUCCAGGAUGGGGUACUCCGGAGCAGGUUGAAGAGGUGGUCAAGGUUGGAAGGAACUUGAUUGUUCAUGGAUGGAAGAAAGACCGGGCUUGGUUCGAGGGCGGGAGCUUGGGCUGUUUGUUCAAAUGA